AUGGCUUCACUACUAACUCUUCCCACUGAGCUGCUAGUCCUCAUCCUGGAACACGUCGGAGGUCGUGAGCUCAGACGAAGUCAGACUGGCAAACCAGCGACUUCAGGGCCUGGCUGGCGCGCCACGGACAAGUUGAUGCUUUGUCGCGAAUGGUACGCAGCAGCAAGACCUGUCUUCCUAUCCGGCUUGCACCUUUCUGAGCUGCGUCUCUAUGCAUGCAAUCUCGACAGACUCGAUGGCGAGCUCAGCUAUAAGAAAUCGAGAACUUUGGUGCACAACAACACUCGAAGUCUAACCAUACGACUCCUUGGCCACUUCUGGGAUCUCAACUCAGCAGAGGACCUCGAACGUUGGCAUGCAGAGGACGGCUGGUCUGGACCAGCGCCUUUGAACGAGGUGCCUCCGGGCUUGAGUUUCAGAAGCGCAAGUGGUAAGCUUGCUCUCAAGAGUUGGCGUGACCAGCAACUGAGACCGAGACUUGACGAGUUGCUUGAAGACCUGCGCAAUUUCACUGAGUUGAAGUAUCUGGAAUUUACAGCGACCUCAGAUCCUCAUAACGUCGGUCUCGAUUGGGACUACAUGCAUACGCCGACGAUCUCCAGACUGUUGCAAAAUUUGCCUAUCACACAGGGCCUACGUGCUCUGGUCUUAGACACUGUCGGGACUCGUCUCCUAGAUGGAAACGGUCAGACACACUUGUGCACAGAGGUCGCGCGCGUGCUGCCGUAUAUCGAACACGUUUGCUUGCGCAUGAUCAAAAUUUGCCCUGCAAUCUUCGACAUACAUCGACAAGCUGAUGGGCGACAUGUUACUCUCAAGACACUCACCCUGAAACUGUACAUGCCCGAUGCCUUUGAACACAGCGAUGAACGGAGAUCAGAGCCUUGUGAAGUGCGCGGAUACUACAACAACCACGACUCUUUACACGGGCAAAUGUUGGAAUAUGCUCGUGUGUUCCUGAACAGGCUGUCAGAGCUCCGUGGACACGGGAGCUGCGACAAUCCCGUUCGACGACACAAACAUGGCAUGGCUAGUCUCGCCAUCACAUACCGAGAUAUUCGUCCUGGCAUACCAGCCCCGCUUUCGCCAAUCUUCACCUCAAACAUCGUGAACAACACACUACAGAGAUUGUCCGGCCAUGGCUUGCAUGGCUGGUUGCACCGCGACGAGGGAAGGUAUAACUGGUGUGAGUGUGCGGGCAAUCAAUAAGGCAUUCAGGCUCGUAGACGUUGUACAAUUUCUCAUGGCGCCUCCCCAAUGCGACUCAAAGAAGACGAAAUCUGUUCGUCCGAUACUUGGGACUCUGUCAGCGCUGUAUCAGAGCCGACGAAGUACCAAUCACGGACGCACUACCUCCCGAUCGGCAUUCAAUCAAUCAGCAUCGAUAACUUGUAUCAUUGCAACAAAUUUCUCCCAGCAUCAUCACAACCUCAUCGUAAGCCAUUAUAUCGAGCCUCGGAUACAAAUAUAUCCUGACCGCUCGAGUGUGCCACGCAC